UUUCUGAUUCCCCUCCUGGUGUCCACCCGAAGCUCGUCUCUCUAUCAGUCUAUCUGAUCACGACAUCGCUUGUGGACGCAUAAACACUCUGUCAUCUCAAGAACGUCGAUAUCGGAGCAAAAAGCCUUACAUAUAAAACCUCGAAAACCAGUGCCUCUUUCUGAAGAAGAAGAAAACUCAAGGGAUCCCCAGACGUCAUCAUGCCUCUCAUUGCAUCGAACCCCAAGGACCGUGUCAUCCUGGGUCUUAUGACCUUCGGGCCCAAGGAAGCUGAUGGUGCCCGAAUUACCGACUUGGAUACGUACAACAAGGCUCUCGAUGUGUUUCAGAGCCGCGGCUACAACGAGGUCGACACGGCCCGCGUCUACGUUGGCAGACAGCAGGAGGCCUUUACUCGCGAGGCCAAGUGGAAGGAGAGGGGACUGACGCUGGCGACCAAGGUCCAGUAUCCCGGACAACCCGGCGACCACGCUGCAGCCAAGGUUGUCGAGUCCGUCGAGACAAGUUUGAAGGAGUUGGGAACCGACAGCGUUGAUAUCCUGUACCUCCAUGCUGCGGACCGCGCCACACCAUUUGCCGAGACUCUCGAGGCUCUCGACAAGCUGCAUAAGCAGGGCAAGUUCGUCAAGCUGGGUCUGAGCAACUUCACGGCGUUCGAGGUGGCAGAGGUGGUGUUGACGUGCAAGUAUAACGGCUGGGUUCGGCCGACGGUGUACCAGGGCAUGUACAACGUCAUCACUCGUAGCAUCGAGCCCGAGCUGAUUCCGGCUCUGCGGCGGUACGGACUCGACCUCGUCGUGUACAACCCACUCGCGGGCGGGCUGUUUUCGGGCAAGAUCAAGUCCAAAGACAUUGUACCGAGCGAGGGCCGGUUCUCGGACAACCACGGCACGGGAGGCAACUACCGGAAGCGAUACUUCCGCGAGAGCACGUUCAAGGCGCUGCAGACGAUCGAGGCGGCGGUGGAGAAGAACGGGCUCAGCAUGAUCGAGACGGCGCUGCGAUGGACGGUGCACCACUCGGGGCUCAAGAUCAAAGAUGGCAACGACGGCAUCAUCAUUGGCAUCUCAAGCGUGCAGCAGCUCGAGGACAACCUCAACCAGCUCGAGAAAGGACCGCUGCCCGAAGAGGUUGUCCAGGCACUGGAUCAGGCGUGGGCCAUCUCCAAGGCGGACACGACCAACUAUUGGCACCUGGACCUCGAGUACAAAUACGACACCCGGGAUGCCCUAUUCAGCGCCGGGGCCAAGUGAUGCCAGAUGAGGGUGAUGCGCGAAAGGAGGGAAGCUUUCUUGAGGGGUGAACUGCCUGAGUAGCUGAUGGCCUUUGGCCUUGUAAUUCCGGACAGACGGCCG